CAUUGGUACAACGUCACACACGAGACUACCCGAGCAAAGAAGGUAAAUGAAUUCCACAUGAAAUGAGGAGGAGGAGGAGGAGGAGAAGAGAUAGAAAGCUGAGGAUGCAGCUUGGGUCAGCAAACGACAAACAACCGACCCACUCGAAGCACCCGACGAGAGCGGCUGCAUCUUGGUAAAAAUACAACUUCCAGUGGUCUCAUUAGCUGACGACGAAGAGAUGCGUUGAUCCGACCCCUUUACAUCCUCCUCCUCUUCCUUCUCCUCCCAUCUCUAACGAGGAGCAUCCCGCACACCGACUUCACUCCGACGGGCAGGCAGACAAGAGGACUGACACAAGCCAGACACGAUGCGUGGAUCUCCCCGUCAUGGGACAGCCGUGGGAUUUAUAGUGCUGUUGAAUGCGCUGUUUGCGACGCAGGCUGCAGAAGGAGUCUUAACAGACCAUCUUUUGGUUCAGUUGCAAGAGGACGCACAGGAUGAGGCGCACCAACUUGCAACACAACAUGGGUUCCAGAGUGCACGAAAGCUUCCCUUUGGAGACAGCCUCUUUCACUUCUAUCCUCAGGACACUUCAAAGAGACGAAGCAAACGUAGCACCCGCAUCAAACAGCGACUCCAAAAAGACAGAAGGGUGAAGAAUGUCUUUGAACAAGAAGGUUUUAGUCGACAGAAGCGUGGCUACAGAAAUAUCAAUGAUUUAGAAGUCAACAUGAGUGAUCCUCUAUUUACCAAGCAGUGGUAUUUGAUAAACACAGGCCAGGCAGAUGGGACCCCUGGGCUGGAUCUUAAUGUGGCUGAAGCUUGGCAACUAGGCUACACAGGCAAAGGAGUUACUAUUGCAAUCAUGGAUGAUGGCAUUGACUAUCUACAUCCAGACUUGGCAUCAAAUUAUAAUGCCGAUGCCAGCUAUGACUUCAGCAGCAAUGACCCAUUCCCAUUUCCGCGCUACACAGAUGACUGGUUUAACAGUCAUGGCACACGGUGUGCUGGGGAGGUCUCUGCAGCAGCCAACAACAACAUCUGUGGUGUGGGAGUCGCCUACAACUCUAAGGUGGCAGGUAUCAGGAUGCUUGACCAGCCCUUUAUGACUGACAUCAUCGAAGCAUCAUCCAUCAGUCACAUGCCUCAGAUUAUUGAUAUCUAUAGUGCCAGCUGGGGACCAACCGAUGAUGGCAAAACAGUGGAUGGACCCCGAGAGCUUACAUUGCAGGCAAUGGCUGAUGGUGUCAAUAAGGGGCGCGGAGGAAAAGGCAGCAUCUAUGUCUGGGCAUCUGGAGAUGGUGGUAGCUAUGAUGACUGCAACUGCGAUGGUUAUGCCUCUAGUAUGUGGACAAUCUCCAUCAACUCUGCCAUCAAUGAUGGGCGGACUGCCCUGUAUGAUGAGAGCUGCUCCUCCACUUUGGCAUCUACAUUCAGCAAUGGACGCAAGCGGAACCCAGAGGCUGGCGUUGCCACUACAGACUUGUAUGGGAACUGCACGCUGCGUCACUCAGGAACAUCAGCAGCAGCUCCAGAGGCAGCAGGCGUCUUUGCUUUGGCUCUUGAGGCUAACCCUAACUUGACAUGGAGAGACAUGCAGCACCUGUCAGUCCUGACAUCUAAGCGAAAUCAGCUUCAUGAUGAAGUCCACCAGUGGAGAAGGAACGGUGUGGGCCUGGAGUUCAACCACCUGUUUGGCUAUGGAGUGCUGGAUGCUGGAGGCAUGGUGAAAAUGGCCAAGGAAUGGAAAACUGUGCCAGAGCGCUUCCACUGUGUAGCUGGAUCCAUUCAGGAAGCCCAUAAAAUCCAGUCUGGCAACAGGCUGUUGUUGGCUAUCACCACUGAAGCCUGUCAGGGAAAGGACAACUUUGUCCGCUACCUGGAGCAUGUACAGGCGGUAGUCACUGUCAAUGCCAGCCGCCGUGGAGACCUCAACAUCAACAUGACUUCACCCAUGGGUACAAAGUCCAUACUGUUGAGCCGAAGGCCCCGUGACGACGACUCCAAGGUGGGAUUUGACAAGUGGCCUUUCAUGACCACUCACACCUGGGGGGAAGACCCUCGUGGAACCUGGGUACUCGAGGUGGGCUUUCAGGGGGAACAGCCACAACGUGGAGUCCUGAAGGAAUGGACUCUUAUGUUGCAUGGAACACAAAGUGCCCCUUAUAUAGACCAGAUCGUGCGUGAUUAUCAGUCCAAACUAGCCAUGUCCAAAAAGGAGGAGCUGGAGGAGGAGCUGGAUGAAGCUGUAGAGAGAAGUCUGAAAAGUCUGAUGAGUAAAAACAACUAAAAUCUCCUGUGCAUGUUUCCAACUUCACGUUCUCUUGUCUUUUACCCUCUCCUGCAGUCUGGUUCUGUCCUCCUCUAAAUCUUACUACAUCUCCUUAGCUCCUCUCUGUGUCUUGUCUUAUUAUUGUCUCCCUCUCCUUCCCUCUUCUCUGCUUUUUGUUAUCAAGACUUUCAAUUAUCCCCCAUUAAUGAAUGUUUCUUGUAACAAUCAUGAUAAAAGCGUACCCCUUGAUAAUCUGUUCUACAACGACAAGGCAAACUAUAUCACAGAAUUUUUACACUCUACAGAACUGUAUAUAAACCAAAUAUAAGCCACUCUUUCACGCUUUUGCUUUUAUUUCCCUGUACCUCUCUUCUGCCAAAUGUUGUACAGUUUGUGACUGUAAAUGAUUUUCUGUGUCAUUCUACUUAAAGUUUAAUAUCUCGCAAACAGAGCAGUGAUACUCCUUUCUGUUUAUAUUUUUGUGACAUGCACUGUUUCUAUAAAUGAGGAAAGGAAUGUGUAAUUUACUUUGCAGCGUGGUUAUCGGUUCAUAUUUCAUAAUCGUUGGCGUAAACUACAAUAAAUCUAUUCAGCUGUUUAUUAAAGUAUUUGAGUGUUUUAAAACAGCCAAGUAAACAUUCUCUGUCGCUUCAAUGCCCAUAACUAUUAAAAAGCAAAGAACUGGAAAAAAGAAUAAGGCAGAGGAUGGGGAAUAAAUUAUUGUGAGAUUAAAAGUAUAUUAUAAAAAGCAGAGCCCAUGUGGCAUCCACACUCAAUGAUUCAUUUUCACUAUGCUUCUUUUUGUCUGUGCUGUGCAAUAAAGAGAAAAUGCUCACUAAAA